CUGCGUAACAUCGAAGUUGCUCCCUCCGUGGUCUUUUCUGGUUCCUCGUUGAUUUCCUUAUUUUUGUUUAACUUUUAGUUUGUUUAAAAAUGUUAUAGACGUUUGUUUGUUCCUUUAACGUUGUAGAGUGUUCGUACAGCGUGACUUUUGGAUCGAAGAUGAAGAACGCGAAAGUCAAAGCGAGACAGUGUAUGGAGCGAUUUGGAGAUCAAGGAGGAUAUUUUGAUGUUGUGGUAAGACCAAUGUUGCAACAAGGACAUGAAGGAGAAUUAUGUGGAUGGUUAAAGGAAAUGAGUUUGAUUAGGACUGUUUCCACCUGUCCACAUCCUGAGUGCAAAGGAAGGAGUUUAGCUUGGAAUCAAGCAAGAAUUGUAGAUAAAUAUAGUUGGUCUUGCCCUAAUUGUACAAGAAAACAAUCUAUUAGAGAAAAUUCCUUUUUCUUUGGAGUGAAAUGUGACCUGAAAAUGUGCCUUCAACUGAUAUUAGGAUGGUGUCAAAUGAUACCAAGUGAACUCACUGCCAAUUAUUUAGAAAUAAAGAAACAUGUAGUUAAGAAAGUAUAUGAGAGGUGUGAUGAGGUCUCUCAAAAUUAUGUAGUAAGUCAUCCAGAGGAUUGGGUUUUAGGAGGUCAAAGUGCAAUAUUAAUUGUGGAUGAAUUUCCUAAUGGCUACAUGACUGAGAACCCUUCUGAUAUAACUACUGCUAAGAAACGCAACAAUAAUUCUCAUACAAUAGUCUGCAUAGCAGAAGCAAAUACAAUACCAACUAGAAUGUGGCUCCAUAUGAUUGAAGCUCUUCCAGAGUCUAUGAAGAUAGAUAAAUCACAUGGAGAUGUUGACAAAUGCAACAUGGUUAAAGAAGCUUUAAAAGAGAUCACAAAACAUAGUGCUCCUGGCAGUUAUAUUGUAGCAAACAAUCGAACUCGUUGUUGUAGCUAUGAAUUAUUGCAAGAAUUAAAGCAGUAUAAGGUGAUCAGUGUAGAACAACUGCAAAAAUUUGAUCCACCAGGAAAAAGUAAACUUCUUAAUAAUUUAGAAACAAUUUGGCAAACUGGCGUCGAGAUUUGCGAAGAAAUUCAAGAAACUACCCAAACUCUGGGGCAGCGUAUAAUAUCAAAGCAUUUAUGGAGGCAGAGAUUCGGUACGUCUCCUUCCACGGCAUUUCAAUACAUGCUUCACCAUAUUGCAGAAUGUUAUCGCUUUAUUUGAACCGAUUUAUCGUAGUAUUUUUCCUAAUUUUAGCGUAUUUUUCCACUAUAAAA